AUGGCGCUGCAGUUUUCGACAGAAGGGUUGGCAGCUGAAUGGGAUGCAGAGGACAGCAUCCGCUUACGCCUGCGUAGUGGCAAACAUCUGGAAAAUGUAGAUUGCGGGGAGGAUCCAUGCAAUCGAGCUGCUGUUCUCAACAUGCAGUUGCUGGUUCCAGUGUUGGUACGCAUGAAGGCUUGCGAUCUGCACCUACCCAGUGUGGAUGCACUCCGUGUGGAAGUGAAAGCCGUGUAUGACCUCAGCCAACGCAUCGUGGAGGAGACGCGUGUCGACGACAGCGCGUGGUUCAUCAGGCGUAUGGUUGUUUUCGUGAAACGUAAGACGCAGAAGGAACUCGUUUCCUUGGACUAUGACUUCCAGGAGCUCUGCCUCAUCCUGAACCCUGAGCUUCAGGAUCUUGUCGACUCCAUUCGGGCGCAGUCCAAACCAGAGGAUCCGGCUGACGCCAGUGGAGCCGAUCCUGCAGAGGACGUUCUUUGGAUUCCGGAACAGGUAUUGCCGGGUAAUUUUCGUUGUCAAGAUGGGCUGGGGGUGCAGGGCUGCGUGUAG